AUGGCCCAACUCCAAUCAUACAUUGACAAGAUCCCCGAUCUGCCCUUGGCGGAGGCGAUCCAAGCCAUCAUUGACCUCACUCCGGGCCUGACAGUCUCCGUGUCUUCUACCGGUGAAUACAUCAUUGACCACGCCAUCUACGAAGGCCAGGCCCACCUGAAUGUCUUGGGAAGUCACUAUCUUCAGUGCGGCCGUCGCUGCCAAACCGAACAUGCGCCGUUUCACCUGCGUCUGCUGCACCUCACUCUUGACGACGUCUUUGACAAGCUCUACGGUCCACCAUAUCAGACCCUCCUGGAAGGCUUAGACACCGGCUCUAUCACUCUUCCUGAAUCUGCAGAGGAGGGCUGUGCUUGUUGCAGAGGGGACCCGGAUGCGUUGAUCCUCGCUGGAUUCAGCACAGGAGAGGCUUUGUAUUUCUCGGAGGCGGAGUAUAAGCAGAUCUGGAACGAUCAAGAGAGCUCAGGAUCACGUUCACUCUGGAGGGAUGGCGAAGGCUGGGUAGACGCGUGGAUCAUGGCCUCCAAGGAGCAAGUUGAGGAAGCGAUGGCGCGCGAUCUGGCGGAUGGCCUUUCGAGCAAGCUGUAG